AUGCUGGCCAGGGGGCUUCUCUGGCGCUCAGUCCUGGUCAGAGGCAGCCAGCCCUUCCCGAGCAUCUCUGGGGAGAGCCUGGAACGUCCCAGGUCACUCACGACGGAGAGUGCCGGGGUCUCCACUCGCAGUCCUCGUCCCUUCAGCGAGAUUCCCUCUCCUGGUGACAAUGGCUGGGUAAACCUGUACCGCUUCUGGCGGGAGAAAGGCACACACAGAAUUCACUAUCGCCACGUCCAGAACUUCCAGAAGUAUGGCCCCAUUUACAGGGAGAAGCUGGGCAACGUGGAUUCGGUCUACAUCAUAGACCCCGAAGACGUGGCCAUUCUCUUUAAUUCCGAGGGUCCCAACCCGGAGCGAUACCUCGUGCCCCCCUGGGUCGCCUAUCACCAGUACUAUCAGAGACCCAUAGGAGUCUUGCUGAAGAACGCGGAAGCCUGGAAGAAGGACCGGGUGGUCCUGAACCAGGAGGUGAUGGCUCCAGAGACCAUCAAGAACUUCGUGCCCCUGCUGGACGGAGUGGCUCGGGACUUCAUCGGCGUCCUGCGCAGGCGCAUCAAGCAGGAGGGCUUGGGAAAGUUCUCAGGAGACAUCAGCGAUGACCUGUUUCGCUUUGCCUUUGAGUCCAUCACCAGCCUCAUGUUCGGGGAGCGCCUGGGGAUGCUGGAGGAGGUGGUGGAUCCCGAGGCCCAGCGCUUCAUUGACGCCAUCUAUCAGAUGUUUCACACGAGCGUGCCCAUGCUCAGUCUCCCACCAGAGCUGUUCCGGCUGUUCAGAACCAAGACCUGGAGGGACCACGUGGCCUCAUGGGAUGUGAUUUUCAGUAAAGCUGACAAGUACACCCAGAACUUCUGCUGGGACUCAAGACAGAAAAAAACGGUCAGCAGCAAGUACCCUGGCGUCCUCUACAAACUCCUGGAAACCAGCAAGCUGCCCUUCGAGGACGUCAAGGCCAACAUCACUGAGAUGCUGGCCGGAGGUGUGGACACGACGUCCAUGACCCUGCAGUGGCACUUAUACGAGAUGUCGCGCAACCUGAAGGUGCAGAAUAUGCUGCGGGCGGAGGUCCUGGCUGCCCGGCGCCAGGCCCAGGGAGACAUAGCCACGAUGCUGCAGUUGGUCCCGCUCCUCAAAGCCAGCAUCAAGGAGACCCUGAGACUCCACCCCAUCUCCGUGACUCUGCAGAGAUACCUUGCCAAUGACUUGGUUCUUCGAGAUUACAUGAUUCCUGCCAAGACACUGGUUCAGGUGUCCAACUACGCCCUGGGCCGAGAACCCGCCUUCUUUGUGAACCCGGAGAAUUUUGAUCCCACCCGAUGGCUGAGCAAAGACAAGAACAUCACCCACUUCCGGAACCUGGGCUUUGGCUGGGGUGUGCGCCAGUGUCUGGGUCGGCGGAUGGCUGAACUGGAGAUGACCAUCCUCCUCAUCCAUAUGCUGGAGAACUUCCGAGUUGGAAUCCAACAUCUCAGUGAUGUGGGCACCACGUUCAACCUCAUCCUGGUGCCUGACAAGCCCAUCUUCUUGACCUUCCAGCCCCUUAAGCAGGAUGCACCCCCAGCGUGAUCUGAGAGGAUGCCAGCAGCCAUGCAGGGAGAAGGCUGGGUGGGGGGUGCUGUGGAUCUCUUCCUCUGUCUCCAGGCCUGCU